UAUCAUCAAACAUCACCAUCCAACACAUUCUAUUAGAGAUUUCACACGAAGCAACAUUUUAUUACAAGUUUCAUUAGCUGAUUUAGUCACAGUUGAAUCUGUUUCUCAUCUGUUUUAACAUCACGCUGUGGUGCAACUAAUCUCUACUUAUGGACCAGCUUAUAUUUCCGUGGUAGAGUGGAUUAAGAAAGCACAACGCUCCGUGCACGAUGUUUUCGCGCAAUGUCUGUAAUAUUAAUCGCCUCGGAAGAGAAAUUCGCUUCCGGCACUUGAAGGGAGUGUCGAUGUUAUAGUCUGUCGUGGCAAAUGAAUACAUUUUGCACAAGUUCUUCAACAGCUGUGACGCAUUCCUGUCCUUCUCCUUGAUGAAUGCCACACAAAUGAUUGCCACUUGUUUUUCAAAUCAGUACCUGUGGCCUCUACUGUGGAAGCAGCUCUCUUUUAUCUUCAUUCUCUUUAGUUUAUCAAGUGCGCAAGAUAACAGCUCAACAUGUGAUGCUCCAUGGGUGGAACCAUUGGCCAAUACAUCAGUCACUUGCCACUUUUCCAAAAAUGUUAAUGAGACAAGUAGUUUCUUUUAUGUCGAGUUUGAGAGUGAUGACAUGGGGAGGAAAGCAGACAUUUUGGACUGUGGAUGGUCGUCAGGAAAGAUGGACUGUUCUAUUUACAGACCUGGAUACAAAUACGAUAGCACAACACAUGUGUCUAACAAAUUCUCCUUGGAGAUUUUACGAGCUUCUGCAGAACACAUUGGAACUUACAGAUGUAAUGUUGCUGACGUAGACUCUAAAAAUAUCAAGCCAUGUGAAUUUAGGGUAAAAGUAGGUGGAAAACCUUUUACUGUUUCAGUCGAGAAAACAGUGUGUGUAAUUUCAUCAAAAAAGACAAGGACAUCACUAACAUGUUACUACCCAGAAGACCUCAACAAGACAAGAACAAACUUUACUAUCUACCAUUACCCCAGAACUGGCUUAAAAGAAGUCAUUGUGGCUUGUGAAUGGAAGAGAAACAACUUGACUUGUAACACCACCCAUGGCUAUGAGUUUGAUAACAGAGUGUCCGACUAUCUCACUCUCAAGAUCCCUAUGGCCUUGGAGAGUCAAGAAGGGGCGUACAGCUGUCACAUUUCGGGUGCUCGGUCUCUGCAUUAUGACCUCUGCACCGUCACACCUGAGAAAACAAUGACCUCAACUUGCCAGAUCCCAAGUGUUGAAGAGGCCGAGCCUACAACACUGACAUGUAGAUUCAUUGUUGAUGUAAACAUGACUAAAAGGAACUUCGCAGUGGUCCAUUAUAGUAAUACAGACAGAAAAGCUGCAGAAAUCGCAAAUUGCACCUGGCUAGGUGCUCAUCUGGACUGUACCACAGCUGACGGAUACCAUUUUAACAACACUGCUAUGGAUCAUGUUGUCAUUAGAGUACCACAGGCAUCACACAAUCACAGUGGGACGUAUGUUUGUCACAUAAUGGGUGUUGUUGACAGCAGUUUUGAGCCGUGUGAAUUUAUCAUCAUGCCAGCAACAACCUCUUCUUGCAAUAUUUCAAGUGUCCAAACUAUGGAAGCAAUGACACUGACAUGUACAUUUAAUGUUGAUAUCAACAUGACAAGAAGGAACUUUGCUGUGGUCCAUCGUGGUGUUGAAGAUGGCAAAGGGGCUGACGUACUAAACUGCACCUGGAUGAAUGAACAGCUGAAUUGUACCACAGCCCCAGGAUACAAGUUCAACAAAAUAGUAACAAAUCACUUCAGCAUGAAAAUACCACAAAUUUCCAAAGAAAACAGGGGAAUAUAUGCUUGCCAUGUUCUGGGUGCUAGAAGCAAUGGAUCUGAAACAUGCAAAUUUAUUUCUUCAUCUGAAGGAUAUACAGAUAAAUUCUUCCUAAAUUGGUUUAUAAUAGCUGCUGGUGCCAUCGCCAUGUGCCUCCUUCUGAGUCUGAUCCCUGUAAUUGUUAUCCUGAGAAAGAAGAAUACUUCGCGUAUAAAUGAAAGAAACACGUUGCACAAUGAUCCUACUGACACCUUUGAACUUCAUAUCAGAUCACACGAGGAAGAAGGAGCUGUCAAUGAAAGAACUCCAAUGUUGCAAGAUGGAGAUGGUGGAAGGGAUCAAGAAACUUGUGGAAGUCCUGUUGAUGAGUACACCAAUCAAAACGCGUCCCAAGAACAAGACGUUCUUAGUAGUCAGUCGUUAAUGCAGUCAGUAGAUGGAGUAAUGAAUCAUCAGACAUCUCCACAAAGUGGCUCUCUUGAUGAGGACACGCAAUCAAAUAGAGAUAUAACAGGAAAUAAUAAUACACAAGACGGUAGACACUCACCAGUUCAGACAGAUGCACAUGAAGAAGAAGGGAAUCAGACAUCUCUACAAAGUGGCUCUCUUGGCACGCAACCACCAGCUAAUGAAGACUGUACGACAUCUUUAAAUAAAGGAGCUCGUGAGAAAAUAAUGUUAGUGACUUCACAAAAGAAGAAAAAAGGACGCCGAAAGGAAAAUGCCACAACCGAUGAAUCUUCGUUGCCUUUCUCAGAUACAGACGCUGCUCUUGUUGCUUCGAAACUUACCAAGAUCAAGAAGAAUCCUGAAAACAAGGAAAUCAAAUUUCUCCACAAAUCCUGGCUCCAGUGGGUUGAGGCCACGUUCCCUGAUCUCGAUUCUCGCGCCUACUUCCUGCCUCCUGUCUACUUCAACCGCGUGCCCAUGGCCGUACUGUCCAUUGUUGGUCAAGAUGUACUGAUGCUUCAGUCAAAAACUCCUACUGCAGCUGCUGCUGCAGUUGCUGCUGUUGCUCAGAUGUCGUUUCGCGUUCAGGACAGUGACGUAAGAGACGAUGCAGCCAGGCAGCGGGUGCUUUUCUGUUUGCAAGAAAUGUUUAAAUUGAGCAGAGAAGGUUUGUUUGCAAUAAGUCAGCUUCGUUUCGAAGAUUACCUAAGUGACCCUCCUUACGCUGCCAAGGCUGCCCAGAUACCUUUACCGCACAAAAAGGGAGUCUUUGGCAUUCUUCUAGUCCAUCAACAUUACGGCGUCGUUGUCUGCGAAGUGAAAUCGUUGGGCCUUAAUUUCUCUUACAAUGACAUAAACAAUCAGAUCAAGAAAAAACUUCAACAGUGUGUGUCACAGCUGGACAAGGCGGAGGCCAUGUUGUCUCACCUGGUGUCCGACAUCGCUCCCGGUCUGCGCAUCACUAAGACCAUCGCUUUCCCCAACCUCACGACUCAGCAGGUGCAACAGGCCAUACUUAACGACGACAAGCUGAAUCAGGAACUGAGUACAUGUCUGAGAACAACAGAUCGCAACAAUGUCGCUGGCCUUUUCCUCACAUCUGAUCAGUUGUCUAAUUCCACGACACCGUGGGAUGUCAGUAGCGACGUGAUGAAGAAACUUGAGAACUGGUGGCAGCAUCGUGUAACGGCUGAUGGACAUGACAGUCACAUGUCCAGUGACAUUUACAAGAAACUGAUGACCAGAUUCUGUGGUCCAGCCACUAACGUGACAGUACAAUAUACAUCUAGUAUUCGCCACUGUGUCAAGACCCUGGGUCAGGCCGUAUGGUGGACAGGAGAGCGCAAUACUGCUGCAAUAACCCUCUUCCCGGAGCAAGUUCAGCUGCUUAGCGAAAGAUCUUCAAGACUCUUUGUGGCAGGGCCACCUGGUACAGGUAAAACCGUGGUCCUGCAGCUGAAGGGUGUGGAAUGGUUGCAAUGCGGUGACGUGUACAUUGUGAGUACGUGGGUGAGUAGCCGUGCUGCGUGUACUUUGCUGCACGAUCAACUGCUGAAGCAUGCUUCUUCAGACUCUAAAGUCAUCCUCAAGCAGUAUAACUUUAAAUCUGGAACAGACGUGGAGAAUGCAGUAAAAGAACUGUCAGAGGCGACAGAUCGAAAACCCCUGAUGGUCAUCGCUGAUGAAGUUGGACCUGAUGGGUCAGGGUUUAAGACUUUUUGUGAACAGCUACAGGAUAAACUUCCCCAUCUUCAUCUCUGGGCAGCAAGUUGUUAUCACGGAUACUCACCGCAAGGGUGGCCAGUGGAAUAUUUAACCAAAUCCCUCCGCUGCCCGCCGGCCGUCGUCAGGGAAGUGAAGCAGGCGAGUGAGAUAGAGAGGGGCAAUGUUCUGGGGUACAGUGAGCGAUGUGUGCCCGACCACACAGACGGCCCGCCAGUCAAGCGACUGUAUCACAGAGGACAGGGUCACUCAGGUGACUUGCCAGUUGACUGUGGCAAGUGCGGUGAGGAGGUGGCCAGCUUCCUACACAGUCUACAAGUUGGAGUUGUUCAAACAACCUCAAAUACCACCGCCAUCUUCUCCAGUGGCAGUGCGGCACCACUUGCUCUGAAAUGGAGUGAUGUGCUGGUGCUGUAUCAUGAUGCUGUUAGUGAAAACGCUGGUGUAGUGACGGCACUCAGAUCAUCAGGUAUUCCAGUGCAGGUGAAGAGAAUGAUGAAGGACGAUGACAUCAAGGACCUAGCCUUGGCUCACAGGGAUGUGGUGUGGGUGCUUGGUGGAUAUCACGUUCAUGGAUUGGAGAGAAAGGUUGUUGUCUGCCUGGACCCAGAAGCCUCUUGCGAUAAUCCUACCAUGGAUGUUGGAUUUAGACUGCAUUACAUGUCCAGAUGUACAUCUCAGCUUGUGAUUGUCUCCUCUGGUGACUAGCUACGGAAACAUGAAUCACUGUUUCACAGCUGUCAACUCAUAUAUUUUUGUGUCUUGUGAGAUCUGUGAGCUGGUCCAUAUUUCACUAAUCCAGCUACAACUAAUAUUAUAGCAAAUCCUACCUAUUUAAAAUAAUAUUUCUCCUGGCAUCCACUUCAGUCUGUGGCAAACAUACAAGAUCAUGCAAUUUGCACAUAUAAAACGGCAUAAAUACAUUGUUUUUUGGUUGUCAGUAUUUUAUAAAAAAACACGCAAAUUACAUCUAGUUAAUGGACAUACUCACUUUAAGUCUUGUCCAGUCCCUACAAUAUAUAUAUGUAAGCACACAAAUAUGUUGCUUAAAAGGGAUUAAUAGACAGAUAAACACAGCCAACAAAAUAUUUUUACGACAAUCUACACCUUUUACUGGUCAGAGAUUACAUUUUAAAGAAUCACGUGACCUGUGCGCCAGUGUCUUAACUUUUUUCCCUCCACCCACAAAGCACGUUGACGACCGAGUCAUGAAGAAUAUUAAGUGUACAGCCAACAACAUAUUUUUAUAACAAUCUACACUUUUUUCAUGGGAAUUUUGCAAUUGACAGCGUUUGUGCCUAAGUGUCACACCGUAAGUUCAAGACAUUUUGAAUUUGUGAUCCUUUAGGCUCAUGCGUCUGUGUUUCAUCAGGUAAUAAUAAUAAUAUUAACUAACAUUAACCAAUAUUAACUAAUUUGUGCAAAAUAUCUUAUUUCCAGUCUGCGUUAGCAUCAUUCUUCUUUAACAGAAACAUCGAGUACUUUCUCACCAUGAAGCUUUUACUUCAGUGUUGCUGAGCCUCCAUACUGUCUGCUAACAUGAGAAUAAAGUGUUGAGAACUGUCAAUGUCUCAAACGAUAUGCACACCAUUAUUAUCAAUCAUUGCGUGAGGAUGUCCAUCUUUAUAGUUAUUUUUCCUUUAAUAUUGGACUGUCAUCCUUUUCUUUCAUCUAACGUUCUUCUGAGUGGUCAGUGACAGUACUGUGUUUAUGUCGUAUAUAUAAUAUAAUUAUAUGAUUAAAAGAAAGUU